GAGCAGGAGCUCCGCUCCGGCGGGAGGAGAAGGGGCGCGGCGGAGGGAGGGCGCGACACCUCCUCCCCCCCCGCCGCCGCUGGGGGCGCUGGCGGACACGCGCGUCGUUCCGCCGGGAGCUGUCGGAGAUGUCCCUGGAUCCGCUUCUCAGCCGCAGCCUGCAUGCCCGCCCUGGGUGGAGCGGUCUUCUUUGUCGAGCCGGGACCUGCUCUCCUUUCUCCUUCAAGCAGAAGAGGAGCUAGCGAGGCAAUAAAAGCAAGCUCGAGUUGAUGUUUGAGAAGUUCGGGUGCAGGAAGAGUCUGGAUUUUUGGCUUCUUGGAGAAAAAACAGAAAAUGCAAAACGAAAUAAUAAAGCCUGCAAAAUACUUCUCAGAAGUGGAGAAGAGCGUGCUGCUUGCAUUAGUUGAAAAAUACAAAUACGUGCUUGAAUGUAAAAAAAGUGAUGCAAGAACUAUUGCUCUGAAGCAACGUACCUGGCAAGCACUAGCACACGAGUAUAAUUCACAGCCCAGUGUAUCCCUGCGAGACUUCAAACAGUUAAAGAAAUGCUGGGAAAACAUCAAGGCACGGACAAAAAAGAUAAUGGCACAUGAAAGGCGGGAGAAGGUAAAAAGAAGUAUUAGUCCACUUAUAAAUACUCACAUCAUAGGGAAAGAGAAGAUUUCCAGCAUAAUGCCUGAGCAAAUGUACUUUUUGCAGAGCCCACCAGAAGAAGAUUCUGAAUAUCAGCCUGAUGCUUCUAGUCAAGAAUCAUUUGUUGUCUCAAACAGAGAACUUUGUGAUGAAGAGAAAGUGUUGGUACAUUUCCCAGUUUGUGAAGGUACCUCCCAACCUGAGCCUUCGUGUUCUGAUGUCAGAAUAGCAGCUGAUAAGAACUACAGAAGUAAAGCAUCUCAGGAAAGUGCUCUGAAAAAGAUGCAUGAGGAAGAACAUCAUCAGCAAAUGUCAAUUUUGCAACUGCAGCUAAUCCAAAUGAAUGAAGUUCACGUGGCAAAAAUACAGCAAAUAGAAAGAGAGUGUGAGAUGGCUGAAGAGGAACACAGGAUAAAAAUGGAAGUGCUAAAUAAAAAGAAAAUGUAUUGGGAGAGAAAACUGCAGACCAUCACAAAAGAAUGGCCUGUAUCAUCGUUUAACAGACCCUUCCCUAACUCACCAUAGAACAUAAAGGGGCAGAGAAUCAGUCUGAUUGAGCACAUUUAUGAGUAAUGCACACUGGAAAGAGGUUUUUUUAGUGUGAAUGUACAGUGACAGGAUAGGUGCCCAGUUGAUAGUAAACACUCUUUAACUUAACUUUUAGGGAAACAGUGGUAGAAUCCAUCAAGGGGAAAAUCAUAUAUUUCAUCUGUAGGUAGUUCUGAUUUGUUUAACUUUCAGACAUGCACGGUGCUCUAAAAUGUGAACACGUUUUCUCCUCUCAGAAUACCCUAAUAUCCUUUUGAAAAUUAAGGUGCUCUGGGUAUUCUUACAUUGUGUGUUCUUAAGAAAACUUAACAGCUUUAAACAUCAGGUUAUAGUGUUUAUUUCUAUCUCUUCCUGUCUACCAUUUAUUGAAUGAAGGCAACAGCUGGAGUUGCUCUUUGCUAUUGAGACAAAAAGUAUUGAGACAGGUAUUGGUUGGAUUGUUAUGCUGGGGUUUAGAAAAAAAACAAACCAGACCAACCAAAAAAAAAAAAAUCCAACCACUCUGUGCUUAGUGUAGUUCAUACCUUAUUGUUCAUAGAAGAUGUGAAAAUGAAGGAAAUGGCAAAAGGACCUCUGCAGUAUCUGGGCUCUUUGCCUGUGAAGAGCAGUAAUAUUUUCCAGCUGACUGGCUGAUUGAGAGAAUGGUUCUUUGAGCCUUGACCCUUCAGAAGUGGGAAAGCAGGUGACUUCUUUCUCAAAAGCCUUUAUGUUUGUCUUCUGUGUUCCAGGCCCAUUUUUAGUUCAACUAAAAUACUCACUAAAAUACUACCAAAAUAGGAGGGCCACAUGCUGCUGCCAGCACUGUGUGCUGUUCACCUGGAGUCACUCUGAGGGCAAGAGCUUUUUAAUACCUCAUAAAGCUCCUGGAGUGCCAGCCAGUCCUUGGCAAAGUCUCCCUCUAUCUCCCCAUGCAAUACUUGAUGGUGUAGUGGGAUUAUUUAGGUCUCUCCCUAGCUACAAGAGAAGACCAGGUCUCUCCCUCUUUACCUUCACAAAAGGAUGAGAAGCAGUUCAAAGGAAUCAUUCCUGUCUUGGAGCACUGUUCUGUUUUGUUCUGUCCUGUGUGUUUUACAGUGGUGUGUUUCAAGCCUUUGCUGUCAAUGAAGGGUGAUGGAUGUGAUUUGUAAGAAAGCAUUCACAUGAAGGUCCCUUCAGAAUUUGGGGACCCAGAAUAGUAGGUGAUAGGAAAGCACAAAUAAGGAUAAUCCUUCCCCAGGCACUCAUUUAGUUUAGUAGGGCAAGGGUUAAGAACUUGUGAAAUACAGAACUCCUCAAAGACUCAUAACUCCUGAUGUAUGAAAAGCUGUUUUACAGGAAGGUGUACAUCAUUUGAAGAAGUGAAAAAAAUUAACAAAAUCGUGAUUUUUCAGUGAAAAACCUGAGUAUCCUGUUAUUCAAUAAAGUGUUUUCAGAUCAUGA